UGGUUUGGUUAUACCUAAAAUACUGUCGUCGAAGUGUAUAGUCAGUUUGUAAACUCUCGACAAUAAUUUACAGUACACACGCAUCACAAAAGAUCAGAACAUUGGGAAAACAUUUGUACGCCAAAGUGAGCGAGCUGACAACUUGCCGAACAGUGUUGUAGAACUAGAAGCAGCCCCGCAAGAACAACAAACAGAAACAUUGCGGUAUACCUACUUUCCUAUCCCCAGGUAGUAUAGUCUCACUCCGAGUCACACAAUAUCGGGUGGAAGAAGAAAGAAGAAAUAUAAAAACCCGCUUUUGCGCAAAGAGUAAAAGUAACGCCCAGUUUAAAAAACUCUCCACGAGUGGAGAGACUUUCCACAAUUCUGAUUGGCUGCAUUCUAAGGAGUGGUUAGAAAAAAGUCUCCAUUCCAACUGUCAUAAUCAUACACCAUACCCGGACCGGCAUCACUUCAAUCCAGUUUAGUCUACGAAAUUUCUCAGAACGAAUUGGUCGCGAACGCUUUGUGAGUUUUUUUUUUUGUUCGUUUUCACUCUCUCGAUCCACCGACCAUCAUCCCCUUGAAACACGCGAAAUGUGAUAUAAAUCCAGUAUUUAUAUCGUAAUCUAUGUUAAAUCUCCAAUUGGAUUACAGUGUGUCAAAAUAAAUGGUUAAACAGUGACAGAAAAUAGAAAGUGUUGAGAACAAAGAAAAUAGUAGUUUUCUAAUUGACAACGACCCAUGACAAUGGUGAAAAUCGACGGUAUUCAAAGUACACCUAUUCACCAUCAAACGCAUUCAUUUCACCAUCAUCAUCAUCAGCAAACCGAACUUACGCAUACCCCAAUAUUUAGUAUGGCCCGGACGCCUCAUCUUAAAUCGAGCUUUUCGAUCAACUCGAUUCUGCCCGAAACUGUCGAAAGUAAUCGCGGCGAAAUUGAACGACACACACCAACUCCCGAACAUUGCCCAGGAUCUCCACUGGGCUCCGAAGAGCAGGAUAUAUCGGACAUUGAAUCCGAUUUGGAUGUAACGAGUAUGUCGCCCCCACCUCCAAUGGACGGAAGUGAGGGAAGUGUUAGUAGUCAACAGAACGAUGGAGGUGAUAACGAAAAGGAUGGUGAUGAUAAACCAAGUGAUUCCACAACCGAUAAAAAAGGCAACGAAAAGCCUCCAUACAGCUAUAACGCCUUGAUCAUGAUGGCGAUCAGACAAAGUCAAGAGAAACGGCUAACGCUUAACGGUAUCUAUGAGUACAUUAUGACAAACUUUCCUUACUAUCGGGAUAACAAACAGGGCUGGCAGAACUCCAUCAGGCACAACCUCAGCUUGAACAAGUGUUUUGUAAAGGUGCCCCGGCACUAUGACGAUCCAGGGAAGGGUAACUAUUGGAUGCUUGACCCGUCGGCAGAAGACGUUUUCAUUGGAGGAUCGACCGGAAAGUUGCGCCGACGCACCACUGCAGCGUCAAGAUCCCGAUUAGCUGCAUUAAAACGAUCCCUCAUCGGCCCCAUGUUCCCCGGACUUGGAUACCCCCAAUUUGGACAGUUUCUAUAUCCUGCAGCAGCGGCGGCAGCCGCAUCAGCCCCUUCGCUUUUAGCCAGUAUGUACAGUCGAUAUAAUCCCUUUGUACCAAAGUCUCCAGGCCUUUCGUUGCCAAUGUCAUUCGCUGGGGCGGGGAUGCCCCAAGGAAUGGGCUCAAAUCCAGGAUUCCCAGCGAAUAUGGAACGACUGCUAUCUUCUCCCUCCCACCAAAGUGGCGCGCCUGCGCCCUCACUUCCGUCCUCUGCCGAACUUUACCAACGCCUGCAAUAUCAACAGCUUCUGCAACAACAUGCCGCAGCUGCAGCAGUUGCAGCCCACCAGCGACAACAGCAGCAACAACAACAACAACAGCAAAACGCUCACCUACAGCCCCUGCAGCUCUCCACGCAUCUAGGCCAAACUAGCCCCUCAGCGCCGGUCUCACCGACGGUACCGCAGGGCCCUAUCUAUAAGCCAGUAACAGUUGUGUCCCGUAAUAGUUGAGACUGUAAACUUGAAUCCCGUGAUGACAUUUGCUGCUGCGCACCAACAACCCACAGAAAUUUCCCAGUGGCGCUGCACUCUGCCACCACCAGAUAUUCCUUGUUGUGUAAAUACAUAGUUCGUAAUUUCAUAGUUUUUAGUAUUUUAACUUAAAUUAAUUUAUUUGUUGACAAUUUAAUUAUAAACAAACAAAAAAAAAAAGUAAACAAACAGCUUUUGUAUGAACAAACAAAAAAAAAACAAA